GAAAGGAUCAUGAGCCACAACCUCCUUAAUCUCAAAUUUUAGAACCAUUAGCAUUGGGCUUUUCAUAUUCAUGACCACUCUGUAACCAUAAGUAUCAAUACCAAGUCAUUUUAGGAAGUGCGCUAACACUUCGGAAGCAGCUCGAUGUGCUGAUGGGUGCGUACUGUAAUGGUGACAUAAGGGAGGUGAAUCGGAAGUACCACAAUCGUGAUGUGUGCCGCCUCUACUUGUCUGGCCUUUGUCCUCACAAGUUCUUCCAAUUAACGAUCUUGAAGGCAAGUCAGAUCUUAAAAUAUGAGCUCUAGAAGAAGCAGAAGAGCUUAGAGCUAAAAGAGCAGAUAAACAGUCAACACUCAACACUGCUUUUGGAUGCAUUCAAUAAAGAUCAGGCAUUUUUGCCCCAACCAUUGCCAAACCCUCUAUCUUUAGCACCAUUGCCUGUGCUUGCACCUGAUCCUCAGACCCAGGAAAUGAUAAAUGAGAAGCUGAAGAAAGCUGAGGAUCUUGAUAAAACUCAGGUGAGAAAGGGAUGGUAGACAAGGCACAAAAAGCGUUAGAAGAGGCUGAAGCACUCAAGAAGACUGAUCAAAAGCUACGUGUUUGUGAUAUUUGUGGAGCAUUUUUGAGUGUUUAUGACAGUGGCCCAUGUUUACCUGAUCAUUUUGGAGGCAAACUUCAUUUAGGCUAUAUGCAAAUCUGUGAUAAAUUAGCAAAACUUCUGGAAGAGAGAAACAAGAGUCGCAAACUUGACCGGUAUGAUGACAAGAGAUCGAAAGAAAGAAGCAGAGAUCAUGAGAGAGAAUCAAGUCGGGACUGAGACCGAGGGAAUAGCUGUGACCGAGGCAGGGAUUAUGAUUGUAGGAGCAGAGAUCGUGACAGGUAUAGUGAUCAAGAUCGUAAUAAGGAUUAUGAGCGCUCUCGAACUUAUGAUUCUAGAAGUUACCGCAGGUCAUGUUCAAGGUCUAGGGAACACUCUAGGGAUCAUGAUUGCCACAGCUGUUGAAGUUUUCUGUGCUGAUAAGGAUUAUUCUUGAACGUCACUCAUUGUUUUUAAUCAGGCGUGACCGAUACUAGAUGCAUGAAUGCUGCCCAAGAAGAAAAUGAAUACGAAACCGUUCUUGCUUAUGUAAGCCAACUUAUAUAGGGGAGUGGUAUUCCUCAGUUAUGUUAUUUGAUAGUUUGUCAUGUGGUUGUAUCAACAUGUUUAAGAGGGUAUUUGUUGUUUUUUGGUUCCUAGAGAUUAGGAAUUGAACCCUAAACUUGUGGUUAAGAGCACAAGUAAUUCUAUCACUAGACUAUAUGGCUGAUGGUUAAGAGGGCGUUUGUUACUUGGUGAUGUGUGUUUGGUUUUCGGUAUCAUCGGAGAUGUAAGUUUGCUUGAUUUUACUAUUCCAAUUUCCAUGUCAGGCAAAUUUUCAGUUAAGUAUUGAAAAGGAGAAUUAAAAUAAUGAGGUUGAAUUUUA